AUGCCUCGCGGAUCUCGCUCCGGUAAGGAGGGCAGAAAGGGUGGAAAGGGCACGUCCGGAACCGCUCCAGCCCCGAACGACGCUCCGGCCCCAAACGGAGGCGGCUCGGCCUCGAACGACAGCGGACGCGCCUGUUUGGAGCUGCCCGACUUCCAGCCCUGGGUUCCCCCCAACCGUCCUAGCUGGACGCCCCCAGACACUCGCGUUCACGGCCAUCGGCUCCCGAACGCGGAGCUAGAGGAUGACCAGCCGGACGAGACCGUUAGCGAGCAUUUAACCGCCUGGGUCCUUAAGCACGUCUCCAAGAAUGUUUCCGCCGCCGUUCGUGCGCUCGCCCAGAACUACUUUAAGAUCAAGCGCAUCAUGCGCGUCCGUACCCGUCCGGGCGCGGACGGAACCGCUUACUACAACACUCUCAACCUAAAGCGGGGUGCCAAUUGUGACGCGGCCUUCCACCAUCUGUACGGCAACUUACGGUCCGGAACGGACGCGUGCGGCCCGUGCCAGAGGGGUUUGGGCCCGUUCGACAGCUGCGUUCAGAUCAAUGGUGCCUGCGCGAACUGUCGCUACAACUCCGCGGCUAAGCGCUGCACUCUCUACGUCAAGGACGGAGAUGCUAAGCCUAGGGGUAAGAAGCGCGGCCGUAAGCGUAAGGCCCUUGAUGAUGACGAUGACAUUCUUGACGCCAUCCGUUCCGUCCCCCUCAAGCACCUCCGUACGCUCGCGGACGUCUUUAAUAAGGUCGCAGACGAUGUUGAGGACGAGAACUGGUAUAUGAGUCUGAUUCUGACUAAGUCAUUUUCGUUGGCGUUCAGGACAGUAUACCCCGCGACCGGCCCCGUCUGGCUUCGCAUGAGGAUAGAUCUCGAGCCCUACCGAGAACAAAUCCGUGGGAAAUGGCAACUACGCUGGACGAACGCGGCCUUAUGCGAAUGGCUCCGGACGGAUUUGAACGUUCCCGUUUCCGAUACUACCUUGAAGCGCUUUCUUCGAAUCUGGGGCUUCCAACGUGAGGGCCGUACGGAAGUGACUGACGCCCUCCGGGACCGUUUACGCUUCCACUUCUUCGAACACUACCUUACGGACGAACGGUUGCUCCAAGUGCUACAAUCUGAGGGGUUUUCUAUUACCCAAAAAGGCCUCGUACGGCUACGGCAAGAGAUGGACCUCCGAAAGCGGCAUACUCGAGAGGAAAACAUUACCCUGCGAGAACAAGCCAUCGGUCGUAUCGCCCAAGCGGUUGAUCCAACGCGCCGUUUGGCAGGUUACGGGCGUGAAUACCUCCGAACGGAGCUGCGCCAGCAAGGAUUCUCUACAAGCCGAGAUGUCCUUUACUCUGCCUACAAAGAAGUCCACCAAAGGAGCUUCCGAGACCGGCUGGACGAGUUCAGACGGCGCCGUACGGGCUGGACCUGCCCUGGGCCUAACUUUAUCUGGUCUAUCGAUGCGUACGAUAAAUUAAAGCCGUACGGCUUUGAGAUCUACGCUGGGAUUGACGCCUACUCGAGAUAUAUCCCUUGGUUUUUCGUUGGCUUUAGUACGCACACGUCUAUCGGCGUUGGCCUCCAAUACCUCUCGAUCAUUCGCGAACGUGGCUUUACGCCGCGGAUUAUACGGGCUGAUCGUGGGAAGGAAACUCCGGUUGUUGCUGGCCUCCAUUGGUAUCACUCGAGUCACACCGGGCGCGAACGGAUACAACUGCUCACGGGCGAGGCCGUACCGAUCAAGUUCAAGGACUGUUUUGUAUACGGCAAGAGCAUCCACAACGUCAAGAUCGAGAGCUGGUGGAAUCGUCUUUGUAAAGGCCGUUCGCAGUUCUGGCGGACGGUCUUUGGAACCCUACAUACAGUAGGGCUUUUCGAACCCAGUCAUAUCUACGAUCAGAUUGCCCUUCUCUAUAUAUAUAUGGAACCCUUAGAUACGGACCUGCGCGGCUUCGUACGGGUAUGGAAUAACCAUUACAUCCGUAAACAGCCCAACCGACCUCAUGUUGUCCCUGGGGUCCCGUACGUCCUCUUUCACCACCCCGAACAGUCCAGUAUGGAGGAUUACGGGGAGCCAAUCAUUCCAGCCGUACUAGAGGAGAUGGAGGAGCUUCUUGGUCAUAGAUCAUUCGAUCUAUCGUUGUAUCUCUCUGCCGAGGUAUUGGCGCUCUGCAAGUCCGUACUCAGCCGUUCGGUCAGGGAUGGGAGCGAACAGCGCCGUAUCACCAUAAAUCCGGAGUCGACCCACGAUUACACCUCCAGGAGCCGCCAACUGGAGGUAUUCGACAUCCAGAGGACGAGCCGAGGACACGAGGAUUUGAUCUGGACGGGCAUGUUCGUGGGGGAACGGACGAUUCCGAUAACGAAUGGGAUGUAA